GUGAGGCGAGAAGUCCUGAGGUUCCCUGUUUUCUCUCACUGCUUCCUCUCGUUUUAGGAUAAAACAUUAAAAGACAAACAGACUGACUUUACCACAGACACUCAACGAGGAAGUUCUCUUUUGGACACUUUUUGGAUAGUCUGCGCCUGCCGACGUCCGACUUGUCCGCGUUUUUAAGGUUUCCAGACAACAACUCCUCUAUUUAUUUAUUUUUUAACUUGCUACAGCUCAAGUCGCCGGGGUUUCUGUGCGCAAUGGCUGGUCUUUUAUACCUCCUGUCUGCCCGUCUCCACACGGAGGGAUUCGGGAUGCUUGGCUAAAAAAAAAGAAAGAAGAAAGAAAUAAAGAAAAAUACAACUCCCGUGGAUCCGAGAGUGACCUCUGGAGUCUGGAUACUGGGACGAUUUCAGUAGCCCCUUUCAUGAAACCUCCUUACCUUCUCAUUUUGGGGAUAUAUUUAGGAGUCUGUGCAGCGUUUUAGUUCAGAGCGCACUUGUGUCUGAGUCAACGAUGUGCGCCGGUGGGAAAUACUGUGUGUUUUUGUUCCUGUUUGGAAGUAUCCUGUCGGACCCGGGAACCACAAACCAAGUGGUUCUGUUGGACACUACGACAGUGCUAGGAGAACUGGACUGGAAGACCUAUCCCGUCAAUGGGUGGGAUGCUAUCACAGAGAUGGAUGAGCAGAACAGACCUAUUCACACCUUCCAGGUUUGCCAUGUAAUGGAGCCAAACCAGAACAACUGGCUACGGUCUGGAUGGAUCCAGCGGCAGGCUGCACAGCGGGUAUAUGUAGAGCUGCGUUUCACGCUGAGAGACUGCAACUCCAUUCCUUGGGUGUCUGGUACCUGUAAGGAAACCUUCAACCUUUUUUACCUGCAGACAGAGGAACCCCUCUCUGCAGGGACACGGUUUCGGCCAACUGACUAUGCAAAGGUUGACACCAUAGCAGCAGAUGAGAGUUUUACACAGACAGAUCUUGGAGAUCGUGUUCUUCGCCUCAACACUGAGGUAAGGGAGGUGGGGCCGGUGACACAGAAGGGCUUCUACUUGGCCUUCCAGGAUGUGGGAGCUUGUAUUGCACUUGUGUCUGUCAAGGUGUUUUACAAACGCUGCCCAUCAACUUUAAGGAACCUGGCGGCAUUUCCUGACACAGUGCCGCAUAUGGACUCAUCCUCUCUGGUGGAAGUGAGGGGUGCAUGUGUGGAGAAUGCAGAAGAGAGGGACACACCCAAAUUGUACUGUGGUGCUGAUGGAGACUGGUUGGUACCACUGGGCCGCUGUGUCUGUAGCAUUGGUCAUGAGGAGAUGGAUGGCUACUGCCGGGCUUGUAAGCCUGGCUUCUUCAAGGCGUAUGCAGGGAACACUAAAUGCUCCAAGUGUCCUACACAUAGCUCCAGCCAUGACCAGGCUGCCACCAUCUGUCACUGCGACAAAGGCUUCUACAGGGCUAUUAAAGACUCCUCUGCCAUGGCUUGUACAAGGCCUCCGUCAGCUCCCAGGAACCUGGUCUCAUUGAUAAAUGACACAGCUCUCUUCCUGCAGUGGAUGCCUCCUAGCGAUACAGGAGGCAGGAAGGACAUUACUUACAACAUCCUGUGCCAACGCUGUGAUGGAAGUGACGGCGAGAGUGGCGUGACACAGUGUGAGCCAUGUGAGCCUGACCUGCGGUUCAUCCCACGACCACUUGGUCUGACUGGUACCUCCGUGGCAAUACUAGACUUUGCAAUGCACGCCAAUUACACCUUCCAUGUAGAGGCCAUGAAUGGCGUCUCUGGGCUGGGUGUGACUGCACGCUCGCUGGCGAAUGUUACCGUCAAUACACACCAAGCCGGUCCUGCUCUGGUGGGUGUAGUCAGGAAAGAUUGGGCCUCUCAAAACAGCAUCGCCCUCUCCUGGUCACAAGUGGAACAGCCGCCUUCAGACAUAGUGGACUAUGAAGUCAAAUACUAUGAGAAGGAGCAAGAGCAGCUGAGCUACUCAUCAACACGGACCAAAACCCCCAGUGUGGUGGUAACAGACCUCACGCCCUCGACUGUCUACGUCUUCCACGUCCGCGCUCGCACUGCUGCUGGCUACACAGCCUACAGCCCCAACUUUGAGUUUGCUACUGCAGCUGAGGAUCCUGAUAUCGCUGAUCAGGGUCAAGUUUUGGUGGUUGUCACUGCGUCUGUAGGAGGCUUUUCCCUGUUGGUCAUCCUUACACUCUUCCUCCUCAUCACAGGCCGGUGUCAGGGGUACAUUAAAGCCAGGAUGAAGUCAGAGGAGAAGAGGAGGACUCGCUUCCACAGUGGACAUGUCCCAUUUUCUGGAAUAAAGACCUAUGUGGAUCCUGACACGUAUGAAGACCCCACUCAGGCUGUGGAGGAAUUUGCCAAAGAGAUAGACCCCUCAUACAUCUGCAUCGAGAGGGUGAUUGGUGCAGGUGAAUUUGGAGAAGUCUGUAGUGGUCGGUUGCAUAUACCUGGGAGGAUGGACAUCGCUGUGGCAAUAAAGACACUUAAAGGUGGCUAUGUGGAACAACAGAGGCGAGACUUCUUGCGUGAGGCUUCAAUCAUGGGACAGUUUAACAACCCCAACAUCAUCAGGCUGGAGGGAGUGGUCACCAAGAGCAGACCAGUAAUGAUAGUGGUUGAGUACAUGGAAAAUGGAGCGCUUGAUUCCUUCCUCCGGACACGUGAUGGUCAGUUUACAGUGCUCCAGCUGGUUGGCAUGAUGCGUGGCAUUGCGGUAGGCAUGACCUACCUGUCAGAUAUGGGUUAUGUUCACAGAGACCUAGCCGCUCGCAACAUCUUGGUGGAUGAGAACUUGGUGUGUAAGGUGUCUGAUUUUGGUAUGUCCAGAAUCCUUGAGGAUGACAGUGACGCAGCAUACACUGCUACCGGAGGAAAGAUACCAAUACGCUGGACAGCACCAGAGGCUAUUGCUUAUGGAAAAUUUUCCUCAGCUAGUGAUGUUUGGAGCUACGGCAUUGUCAUGUGGGAAGUGAUGUCAUAUGGUGAGAGGCCCUACUGGGAGAUGUCCAAUCAAGAUGUCAUUUUAUCAAUUGAAGAAGGCUACCGUCUACCAGCACCAAUGGGCUGCCCCGUGACACUGCACCAGUUGAUGUUGCACUGCUGGCAGAAGGAGUCCAGCCAGCGCCCACGCUUCAACAAUGUGCUCUCUUUCCUGGACAAACUCAUAAUCAAUCCCAGUAGUCUGCUCACUCUAGUGAAUGAUGUGGAGAGUUUCCCUGACUCGCCAGAGGACAUGCCAGACUACCCUCUUUUCAUCUCUAUUGGUGACUGGCUCGACUCCAUCAAGAUGAGCCAGUAUAAGAACAACUUCCUGGCAGCAGGAUACACAACACUGGAUUCCAUUUCAACCAUGAGUAUAGAUGACAUCAGGCGUAUCGGGAUCUGUUUGAUUGGUCACCAGAGGAGAAUCAUAAGCAGCAUACAGUCACUUCGCCUGCAGCUUCACCACAUCCAACAGAGUGGCUUUCAAGUGUGAGACCAUUGCACAAAGACAGACUGUAUGUGCAUACUGAGCUGGAAACAAACCAGAGUUCUUUGGCAUCAUCAUUCAACUAAUUGCACAAACACCAGACUGUUGGGUGUAGAUGGUACCACACACUGCUCGUAUGAGAGCCGUCGGCUGCUAGACCACAUGUGGGUCUGGUUAAUACACACUCGUCAUCUUAUGGAUCAUUAUCAAUACAGCCUCCACAACAACCAACCUCUGUCAGCGUUGGCCAAAUGCGGUCUCUUUGUUAUCUCAGCAAAUACUAGCAUUCACUUGAAUUUAGGACUUCUUUUCUCCAGUGUCUAUUCAAGUGUUCACCAAUACCUCUUCUCUUUCCAAGUGACAAUCCAAUGGUUUGUAUUGACUUAGAAUGGUCUCAAGUCUUGUUACCUCAUGACCAGAGAGGAUGUGAAUAGGAUAAGGUAUGGUAUGGUACAGUAUGUGAUUUGAACAACAACCUUUCCAGCUGGUUAAUGUAACAAUUCACCAGAAAUAAAGAUUGACAGAAUGGUAAAUACAAUCAUGUUUUUUGAACUGAAGACCGCUGAAUGUCAAAAGAUUUUAUAGAAAUAUACGUUCUAUCCUCAUGAUAAUGCAGUAUGUCUUGUACAAAAAGUCUUGUGAAAGUUGUAAGUUUU